GCAAAGGUUGCGGACUUUGGGCUCGUGAAGCUGCUUGGAGGGACAUCUGUGGCCAUAUCUGAGGCUGCCACUCGGCUGGUGGGAACACUGGGCUAUAUGGACCCUGAAUACUGCAGCUCUCACAAGCCUUCUCUUGCUGUCGAUGUGUACAGUUUUGGCGUGGUGAUGCUGGUGGUGCUUACGGGGCGCAAGGCUGUGCUUGUUAUAGAGGACGACCACGUCAACAUCAAGAGACGGGUAGCCCCACUGGUGAUCUCUGGAGCAGUGGCAGAAUUCAAGGACCCUCGUUUGGAAGCACCGGAUGGUUUGGUGCUGCACUUGGCUCGCCUUGCCCUCUCGUGCACACUUCCUGGGGUUUCCCGUCCCUCCAUGCUCCAAGUGCUUGCUGAGCUGGUGAGGAUAAAGCAGGAGAUGUUUGGGGUGCGGGUGAGCGCGGAGGUUUCUGGCAUCGACACGGAAAUUGGAGGUUCUGAUGGCUCAUAUGACUUCAGUGCUGAGAUGGCCCGUGCAAUGCAAGAGGCUGUUAGUGGCCCUCAACUUCCUAUCGUUCCAUAG